CUACACUGAAGUAAGACAAUAAGCCCUCCCUCCCACACAUCAUAACAAGUCCCAGGUUGAGAAGGAGGAAGUGAAUAGUACAGUGUGUUAGCAGUGACUGCACCUCAGUGCUCUGCCUCAUGCAGCAGCCUACAGACACCUCUAUGACAGUCACUCACACUCCUGUGUAGCACGCUGUCCCUGUCCUCCCCCGCGACCAGACGUUUUGGAUGAUUCCCACCGAAGUAACCAGCGGCAGCGGAAUGAACCAUAAUGGGGGUUCAGGGGAGCCCCCCAUUUCUCCGAACCUAGGCAGUGGUCGGAAGCGACUGAGCGUCGGGGAGCUGCGCCUGUACUUCGAAGCCCGGUGUUCCGCGGAACGGGACGGGCACAGGGAGCCGAGGCGACGGAGAAGGAUGGGCAGCGGGAGCUGGCACCGGAGCAAUGGAGAGGUUUCCGAAGAGCCGAGGAGAGGGAGCUGGGAAGCUGCGCGGAAGAAGCACGUUAUCCCGCAGCUGCUGGUCACCAGUAGCGAGGAGCCGCAGCCGCCCCCCAGCCCGGGGCUCAUAGAGGUGCCCGGGUGGGAUGGCAUGAGGAACCAGAGCUUGUUGAAGCUAGCCAACCGGAGGCUGUCCGUGUCCAGCACGUCCCUGUCCUCCACCGGCUCCUCGUCUGCCCUGGAGGACUCCGAGGAUGACCUGCUGAGCGACUCCGAGAGCAAGAGCCAAGGCAAUGUGGACCUGGAGCACAGCGAGGAGCAGAGCCUGAACAAAUCUUGGCAGAAAAUCAGAACCAUUGUGAACAUUCCUGUUAUCAGCCCUUUCAAAAGACGCUGGGUGCAGCUUGCUGGUCAUACAGGAAGCUUCAAAGCAGCUGCUGGUGGGACGAUAUUAAAACGUUACUCAGAGAAUGAGAAGAAUUGCUUUGAGCUAGUGAUGAAAGACCCUCUUGCCUCCUGCGUGCCCACUUUCCAUGGGGUGACAGAAAGAGACGGGGAAAGUUAUAUCCAACUGGAUGACCUUCUUAACAACUUUGAUGAACCUUGUGUUAUGGACUGUAAGAUGGGUGUCAGGACAUAUUUGGAAGAGGAGUUGACUAAGGCCCGUGGUAAGCCCAAGCUAAGGAAGGACAUGUAUAAGAAGAUGAUUGAGGUGGAUCCUCGUGCGCCGACAGAAGAGGAAAGUGCGCAUCAAGCCGUUACCAAACCCCGAUACAUGCAAUGGAGAGAGACUAUUAGCUCAACUUCAACAUUGGGAUUUAGGAUCGAGGGUAUUAAGAAAGGUGAUGGGACCUGCAACACGAACUUCAAGACAACAAAAACUCGGGACCAAGUUCACAAAGCAUUCCUAGAAUUUAUUGAUGGAAAUAUGAUCAUUUUGAAGAAGUAUCUGGCUAGACUACAGGAAAUUAGAAGUAUUGUGGAGUCUUCAGAGUUCUUCAGACAUCAUGAGGUAAUCGGAAGCUCCUUGCUGUUUGUACAUGACAAGAAAGGAAAGUGUAACGUAUGGCUUAUAGAUUUUGGAAAAACAACACCGCUGCCAGAGGGACAAACUCUGAAUCACCGCAUUGCCUGGCAAGAGGGGAACCGAGAAGAUGGUUAUCUCUAUGGAUUUGACAAUCUUAUUGAAAUCUUAUCCAGCAUUGCAUCUUGAUAA